GUUCGCGACGCGGGCUGCGUGUUUGUCCGCGGAGACCUGGCAACCCGCGGCCUGCCUCGCUCUUUCCUCUUCCGCCGCCUCGCAGAAUCCUGAAGAUGGUUCGAUAUUCCUUGGAUCCGGAAAACCCCACCAAAUCCUGCAAGUCCCGAGGCUCCAACCUCCGGGUCCACUUCAAGAACACCCGCGAGACGGCCCAGGCCAUCAAGGGCAUGCACAUCCGCAAGGCCAACAAGUACCUCAGAGACGUCAUCGUCAAACACCAGUGUGUCCCUUUCCGUCGCUACAACGGUGGGGUUGGACGAUGUGCCCAGGCAAAGCAGUUUGGCUGGACUCAGGGACGGUGGCCCAAGAAGAGCGCGGAGUUCCUCCUCCACAUGCUGAAAAAUGCAGAGAGCAAUGCCGAGCUGAAGGGUUUGGACGUGGACUCUUUGGUUAUUGAGCACAUCCAGGUCAACAAGGCACCAAAGAUGCGGAGACGCACCUACCGUGCUCACGGUCGCAUCAACCCCUACAUGAGCUCACCGUGCCACAUCGAGAUGAUCCUGACGGAGAAGGAGCAGAUUGUCCCCAAGCCCGAGGAGGAGGUGGCCCAGAAGAAGAAGGUCUCACAGAAGAAGCUGAAGAAGCAGAAGCUGAUGUCACGCGAGUGAAUGUCAAUAAACUGGGAAACAUGG